AUGUAACGUAAGGUGAAGACUAAGGACACGUACAUGAAUUGUUAGACGCAGUCCUCUUGACUUGUGAACAAGAAAAAAUAAAAAAGAGUACCUUUUGGGGACCACUUGGUAAAGAGAUAAGGGGAAAAUGGCUGUUCCUAGAGAAAGGGUCUUUCUCUCUUUGCUGGUGACUUUGAUUAAAACAGGAUUGAAUAUCCAUAAGAUAAAGAGCAACGGGAAAAGAAAGAAAUGCUAAUUCAUGGCCCUACAACUACUAUUGCUGCUGCUCCAAAUCUCUACUUCAGAAGAGCUUCCUCACUAGUAUUCAGAAGAGUGAGCUGCAUCAACAAGAGCAUCAUCAUCAACAUCAGCAGCAGCAGCAGCAAAUGCAAUAGCAGCAGCAUACUCAAAAGCAUUAAGUCGAGCUUUGUUGCAGUUGCAGCUGCAGCCUUGGUGGCAUCAUCAUUAUCAUCAGCUGCAGCCGGGGCCGAGGCUCCUCCUGAGGCCGAGACACUAGAGAACAUACCGCAGCUGCUGUCUGGGGAGUGUGUCUUGCCAAAUGAUUGCAAGAAACCAAGAAUUCAAAAGCCGAAAUCGAGGAAAGCAGAGUCCUGCACCAUCAAGUGUGUCACUACCUGCAUUAGAGGUGGAGAAGGAUCUCCAGGAGAAGGCCCUUUCAAUGUUAGGAGACCUUUGGUUGUAUUCAAGGAAGGAUUUCGAAGCCGUCGUUAUUGUCUGGUGGAGUGUUCAGAUAUUUGUAAUUUGAUGGGUGAGGAAGAUGAUGGUCCUUGAUUGAAUUACACCAUUAAUUUUGAUACAUUUGUACAAUGUAAAUUACUAUUUGUUUAUUUUUUUUUGUAAUUAAUUAAAGCGAUAAUUGUUGAAGUAUAUACACAUUUAUAUUUCAUUAGAGAACACCUGAAAAAUAAAGAUAAUUACAUAAAAUAUUAUUUUUUUGUAAA